AUGUCUGGAGUGUCGCCUCAGUUGGUUUGUUUGGGUAACCCGUUGUUGGAUUACCAGGCCACCGUUUCUCCCGAAUAUUUGAAGAAAUAUGGAUUGAAGGCCGAUGAUGCGAUCUUGGUCGACGCUAAAUCCGGCGAUCCAAAGAUGGCGAUCUUCGAGGAGAUGUUGGGGUUCGACGAUGUGAAGUUUGUUGCGGGCGGUGCUGCUCAGAACACCGCCAGAGGCGCGGCGUACGUCCUGGGCCGCAACCAGGUCGGCUACUUUGGGUCCGUUGGCGAGGACAAGUAUUCUGAGAGAUUGCUGCAGGAGAACAACGCCGCAGGCGUGGUUUCUCUGUAUCAGUUCCAGAAGGAGAUCGGCACUGGCAAAUGUGCUGCGAUGAUCAACGGCCACUACAGGUCGAUGGUGACCGACCUGGGUGCUGCGAACCAUUUCACGCCAGACCACCUGGAUAGGCACUGGGACGUCGUCGAGAAGGCCAAGCUCUUCUACGUCGGGGGUUUCCACUUGACCGUGUCUCCAGAGGCCAUUUUGAAGUUGAGCAAGCAUGCUCAGGAGACAGGCAAGCCUUUUGUGUUGAAUUUGAGCGCUCCGUUCAUCCCGCAAUUCUUCAAGGGCCCAUUGGAGCAGGUGUUGCCAUACACCACUUAUGUGAUCGGUAACGAGUCCGAGGCAGCAUCGUACGCCGAGUCGUUCGGGCUGCCCGCCGACCAGAGAGACUUGGUUUCGAUCGCCAAGCACAUCGUCGGUGACUCCAAGGACAGGACCGUCGUUUUCACCCAGGGUCUCGACCCUACCGUCGUUUACUCUGCGCAGGGUGCCAAGAGCUACCCGGUGAGACCUUUGGAGAGCAGCAAGAUUGUUGACACGAACGGGGCCGGAGAUGCGUUUGCCGGCGGCUUCAUGGCUGCGUUGACCCAGGGCAAACCGCUUGAAACUGCCAUUGACAUGGGCCAAUGGCUGGCUGCUUUGUCCAUCCAAGAGGUCGGGCCUUCGUACCCAAAGAGCAAGCUUGAGUACCAAGCUUAG